CGCACGUCUGGGGAAGUUACGUCUUAGCAAAUUUCCGGCUUUGCUGAGUGAAGAGGCCAAGGUGAAGCUACGGAAUUCGGCAAGGACCUCAGCCCAGAGGCGUUGCACAGGGCGGGGAUCCUGCUUGCGUAUAACGUGGCUGACGUUGUUGUCUUGGAGCUUGAACCUGAUCUUCAGAAUGUGAUGCAUGAAGUAUAUAACCCCUGAGAAUAUGGGCAGAACGAACAUUAUCCAACUCAAGACGCCUUUUCACAUUCAACCCUCCGGACGGUUUUCACAAGACCACACCAUUCUAUCUACCCUUCUCUCUCACCUGAUCAUCAAGCAGCCACAAUGAUCUUCACCCGCCUCCUUUCUCUCAUUCUGCGAUUCGCGCAAUUCGUCUUCGCAGCAGUCGUGCUGGGGUUGACAUCGUACUUUAUGUACCAGCGCACACGCAAUAGUGUCGGACCAUUCGGGCGCACCGUCUUCGCCAUCGUAUGGUCUUCGCUAUCGAUCCUGUUCUCCAUCAUCUGGAUGAUUCCCACCAAGUCGACCAUGGCUUCGUACGGCUCUGAUCUCGUGUUCACGGCUGGUUGGGCCGCCGUCUUCGCGCUGCUCGUUAUCUGGUUCAACGGCGCGGACUGCGGGAGCGCGUGGGCUUGGGGCGGCAUCAGUUUGUCGCGCAGCAACUACUGCGGUCAGUGGAAGGCUGCGCAGGCUUUCUCUUUCCUGAGCUUGGUCUUCUGGUUCACGACUUUCGUCUUGGGUGUGAUUACCUACCACCGCUUGACUCGCCAGCCUGUGAUCAACGAGGGCCCUGGAAAGAGCUUCGGUGGUCGCCGCUCGCGAGUCUAAAUGUGAGGUAGGAUGGGAUGUAAAUGGACGUGGUCGUGCGAGGCCGGUCGGAGGGUGGAGAGGCAGUCACCGCACGACCGGGAUGAAGGGAUCUAAUCUCCCCUGACAAUGUUACGACUACGAGUGUAUGAAACCGAUGAGUUGCGUUUUAGCGAGCGAAAGAGCGAAGUUAG